CGUGCUCAAGUUCUGUUUCUCGAGUCGCGACGUGACGGCAGCCGAUGUUUCAAUACGUUCAUCGGUUGGCUGCAGCAAUGGGAACAACCAAGGACAGCAACACCGCCUUCGUCAGACCAGCACAGAUGGACCGACACCAUUCUCAUGGACGAUCCGUGCUCGGCGAGGUGUCGCCAAACGUGAAGACGGCUAUGGCGCCCACAAGCAUGCUGCAGGGAAACAAACCAUCGAUGGGCAGCCCGCUGAAGCGCACGUUCAAUGCCAUGGCGGAGAAUGACGCUGGCUUCACGUACCUCAAGAAGCGGAAGAUGUCGGACGACACGGCUCUAAGCCCCAUAGACGGAAUACACGCCCCUACGCGUUCUAUCUUCGACGCAAAGACGAAGCCUGCAGUGGACAUAGUAGGCUUUCCGCAGCAGGAACCGUCGCUUGCAAAUCUAACAGGUCUUGUACCGGUACCAACCAUUGAGGAGCCAUGUCUCACUGAGCCAAAUACACCGUCUGAUGGCGGAGACGGCACGCAGGACUCAUCGGUCGAGAGGCGGUCCUUUUCCUCACUGAUCAAUUACGACCCGUCUUCGCAGCCUUCCAAAACCCUCCUCGAGUCUGUCUCCCGAGCGGAGAUGCUUAAGCUGCGCCUGCGGGUAGCACUGUACAAAGUCCGGACGAACCAAGUGGAUAUACCUUUCGAGAAACUACGUGCCGACACGCCAGAGAGUCUGGCAAGUCGAGCAGUGGAAGAAGCGGUGGCUGAGCUGCGGAGAGAAGCUCAAGAAAGACUGUCGCUUCAGCGCCCGCCCGUGUCAAAGCUGCUCCCUGGGCCUGUACUUUUGCCGACGGCGUACAGCAGCCGCACCAUCUUCGAGCCGUUGCUUGCUGCGGAAUUGCAGCAUGAUGCAGGAUCUCGAUCACCACUGCGAGGCACGCAGCCGCACGGCAGCCAGCAAAGUCGGACGCCGCAGACUGCAGGGAGGCGGAUGCUGUAUGAUGAAGCAGAACUUACGAGCAGUGGCAUCAAGGGGAGGGUUGCGGAGGGUCUUCUGGGUCUGCGCAACGCUGUUUGAGGUGCGAUCAGUGCUGUGCAUCAAAUGUCCGUGACAUCUUCGCUGUCUGCCCGACUAGCCGCUAGACUUCUCUGCUGUCAUGGUGAGCUGUUGUAUAGCUAGGAAGUAGACUUGCCCGAGGGGACAUAGC